AUUUUCCUGCUGUCAUUCCUCCUCCUAUCUUUGAUCAUUGUCCCUUUACUCUACUCCCCCCUCACCCCCCCAUCCAUUCCAAUUCCACCCUCCCCAAACCAAAAAAAAACCCUCACUCAACUCAACUCAGCCUCAGCACGCCUUCUUUUUUUUUCUCCAGCAAGCUCCUUUUUUUUCUUUUUUUACUUUCCAACUUAUCUCUGGAAGCGAAAGUCUGGCGGAUUCUCUCCCUUCUUCUUUCAAGGCUUUGGCGUUUUCUCAAUUUGAACUUGAGGGCUGAAACCAUGGCCGUCCCGGCUGCUCUCACUCUCAUCCCCCCUAUUCCGAUCCCGACCUCCUCCUCCUCCGCGCCGUGCGCCAGCAGCGCCGCGUCCCCGCCGUCGGCCGCGUCCUCGUCUCCGUCUCCAUCCCUGGCCGUGCCGGGACCUGGAGGACCUGGAACCCAGAAUCUGUUCAGUCCCGGAGGGGGCAUCAUCCCCGCGACGCCCCCACCCCCUCCUCUGGUGGUGGUGAACCCCGGCGGCAGCUCCAAGCCCGUGUACUCCACCCCGUCGCCCGUGGAGAACAUCCCGCAGAACAACGAGUGUAAGAUGGUGGAGCUGCGCGGUGCCAAGGUGGCGUCGUUCACCGUGGACGCGCAGGAGCUCAUCUGCCUCCCGCAGGCGUUCGACCUGUUCCUGAAGCACCUGGUGGGGGGUUUGCACACCGUCUACACCAAGCUGAAGCGGCUCGAGAUCACGCCCGUCGUCUGCAACGUGGAGCAGGUGCGCAUCCUGCGCGGGCUCGGCGCCAUCCAGCCCGGCGUCAACCGCUGCAAGCUCAUCUCCAGGAAGGACUUCGAGACGCUGUACAACGACUGCACCAACGCCAGCUCCAGACCCGGACGGCCCCCCAAGAGAACCCAGAGCGUGACGUCCACGGAGAACCCCCACAUCAUGCCCCACUCGGUGCCCGGACUCAUGUCCCCCGGCAUGAUCCCGCCCACAGGCCUGACAGCCGCCGCCGCGGCAGCUGCCAACGCCGCCAUCGCCGAGGCCAUGAAGGUCAAGAAGAUCAAGCUGGAGGCCAUGAGCGGCUACCACGGCAACGCCAACCACCACGGAGACGGGGAGAACGGGGAGAUGGGCUCCGGCGUCGGCCUGGAGCUGCCCUUCAUGAUGAUGCCCCACCCGCUGAUCCCCGUCAGCCUGCCGCCGGCCUCCGUCACCAUGGCGAUGAGCCAGAUGAACCACCUCAGCACCAUCGCCAACAUGGCGGCGGCGGCGCAGGGCCAGAGCCUGCCCUCCCGCAUGGUCACCUCCGUCAUAAAGGGGUUGCAAGGAGCGUGUCCGGACAGCCCGUCCCCGGCUCCGUCCCUGGAGGACCACCGGCGGCCCGGCAGCCACCCGUCGUCCCACCGCAGCAGCAGCGUCUCCAGCUCGCCGGCCCACACGGAGAGCUCCUCCGACCGGAUACCCGCACACCACAACGGCCUGUCCAUGAACCAGGCCCUGCUGGGUUUGUCCCCCAACAUCGUGCCGGGGCCCAAGGAGGGCGACCUGGCCCACGACAUGAGCCACGAGCUGAAGAGGAUGCACGCCGACAAAGACGACCCCCCCAUGUGCACCCCGACGGCGAGGGACAGCUACGAGCGGCUGUCGCUGGGACAGGCGCUGCCGCCCGGAUUCCCCUCGCCCUUCCUGUUCCCCGACGGCCUGUCGUCGAUAGAGACGCUGCUCACCAACAUACAGGGCCUGCUGAAAGUUGCCAUCGAUAACGCCCGUGCGCAGGAGAAGCAGGUUCAGCUGGAGAAGACGGAGCUGAAGAUGGAAUUGUUCCGGGAGCGGGAGCUCCGGGAGACGCUGGAGAAGCAGCUGGCCAUGGAGCAGAAGAACAGAGCGAUCGUCCAGAAGCGUCUGAAGAAGGAGAAGAAGGCGAAGAGGAAACUGCAGGAGGCGCUGGAGUACGAGUCCAAGCGGAGAGAGCAGGCGGAGCAGAGCCUGAAGCAGCCGUCGCCCUCCGACAGCCUGCGCUCGCUCAACGGCCAGGACUUCCACAACUCCCUGACCCCUGAGAUGGAGAGUGACCGCAGCUCUGGAAGAACAGAUGCUGAAAGGACAAUACAAGAUGGAAGACUGUUCCUGAAGACCACGGUGAUGUACUGACGCGGCGGGCGCCGAGCCGGAGGAACCCGAGGAGAGUCCGAGGAGCCCGUUUCCCGGGCCGGUUUUAGUUGGGACGGAACGAAGGCGGCGCCGCUGGAGCUCGGCGACGCCGCCCGGAGCCUCGGCUCCGAAAAAUGUAGAUAAGAAGAACUUUUUCAUCACCGAGGCCGACGUGGCGGUCCGGCCGCCGUGAAGGAUAAACACGUAUACUGAGCACAGUACACAUGUACCCCCCGGUGCAUUGUUGGUAAUAACUCUGAAGAUUUUUCUACCUGUAUCUCAGCCAGCGAGAAGCUUCGGGGCCGAAAUUCGACUGAAGUUUUCUUUUUUUCCUUUUUUGUAUUUCAAAUUGAAUUGUAAGAAGUUAAAAAAAAAUGAUGCGUGAUCGAUCCCACGCGUCCAGGAAAAAGUCGAGCCUGAUGUUGGAUUUCCAUGUUUUCUAAAGUAGAUAAACACAAUCAAGUUUCCUUUCUACCAUUGUACAUACGAGAGCGGCCCUGCGGGGGGCGGUGUGUGUAUAUAUACGUUAAAAAGGUAUUGUGGAUGCAGUAGAGCUACUAGGGCAGACGAUACCACCGUUUCUUAUAAAAAGCUCCCGUUGGGUUUCCAUCCUUCUUUUCCUAUAGCUGCCACUUUUGGUGAGAAAGCAUGCAGGCAUGUAAAUGUUUGUCCUGGAAUUAUGAUAUUUAAUAAAAUCCUAUAUUGUGCUGAACAGAUUACUCGGCCGGACGUCACUCUGGUCCGGACGAUUUUAAAACCAUGAAUAACACAAUAACAUUUCACUUUCAGAAAGGAAGACUUUUGCUGUUGAUAUUAUUGUAAUCUUUGUAACAGAGGUAAUAUUUCUUGGAAGUCGCUGUACAUUUUUUGUCACGAAAGUCCCCCAAUCCCCCCAAGAGACUCCAGAAACAAUCAGUCCGGACCUUUGAGGAGCGAAAUCCUUCCCCCAACUUGGUGCUCGGACCCGUUGGAGAGAAACCUUUUGUAGCGUCUCCUGAAGGACCGCGGCGCUGAAACGCCGAGACGCCGUGUAUAUUCUCCCGUCACGAGCUGAUGUCAGUCCUUUAACCUCAAGCAGAAAAACAGUUUAGACCCUUCAAUGUUAACAAUCAAAAAGUCCCCCUUUCAUGUUGUGUUUGUUCCUUUUGUUCCAAUGGAGUGUCUCCUUCGUCUGUCGUCACUGAUAACUUAUAUACUUCUGGAAUCAUCUCUUCAUUGUACUUCAAAAUUCAAAUAAAGUGUUGAUGAUAAAAAAAACGCACGAGUAAAGUGUGUGGGGGGGAGUGUUGAGACGCAUUUUAAUGUAAUAAACGUCCAAAAUGUAAUAACUUUGUCAUUUCAUUUUGUAA